AUGACGUCUCGCGUCUCCUGCCUCGCCGUUAUCCUGUCACUGCUCGCUCUGUCCUCCGCCGCCGCCGCGGUGGUGCCGCGCGGCCCCACCACGGUGGCGAAGUUCCUGUCGGCGGUGAACGACGUGCGGCGGCAGGCCGGGGCGCCGCCGCUGGCGUGGAACGCGACGGUGGCCCGCCGCGCCAAGCAGAGCGCCGUCUGGCUGCGCAGCUCCGGCGGGUGCGACCUGGCGCAGAACGGGAGGGACCCGUCGGGGAACACCGGCGGCGCCAGGACGUACUUCCUGCGCGGCGGCCGGCGUGUCUCGCCGAAGGACGCCGUGUGGUCCUGGGCGGAGGAGCGGCGGUGGUACGACGCCGGCACCGGCGCGUGCGCGGCCGGCAAGCAGUGCGGGGACUACAGGAUCAUGGUGCGGCCGGCGUCGACGCAGCUCGGGUGCGCCGUCGCCGUGUGCGCGUCGUCCGUCUCCGGCUCCGGCAGCGACAAGACGAUCAUGGUCUGCGAGUACUACCCUGGGCAUUGA